AUGGCGGAGCCCACGCUGUGCUCCUUCCUCACCAAGGUGCUGUGCGCGCACGGCGGCCGCAUGUUCCUGCGCGACCUCCGCGCGCACGUGGAGCUGUCGGAGGCGCAGCUGCGCGCGGUGCUGCGAGCGGCUGGGCCCGAGCGCUUCUUGCUGCAGGACGUGGCGGGGCCCGAGGGCCUCCUGCUGCAGGACGUGGCCGGACCCGAGGGCCUCGGCGGCGACGACGCGGCCGCGGCCUGCAGGGUGGUGGCCGUGUCCGCCGCGCGCCUCUGCGCCCGCUACCAGCGCGGCGAGUGCCCAGCCUGCGACCAGCUGCACCUCUGCCGCCGCCACAUGCUGGGCAAGUGCCCGCACCGCGACUGCUGGUCUACCUGUACCCUUUCCCAUGAUAUCCACACACCUGGCAACAUUCAAGUCCUGAAAAACCACGGGCUUUUUGGCCUCAAUGAGACCCAGCUUCGGAUCCUGCUUCUGCAGAACGACCCCUGCCUUUUACCAGAGGUCUGCUUGCUCUACAACAAAGGUGAAGCCCUGCAUGGCUACUGCAGCCUCAAGGACAAAUGCAACAAGUUUCACGUGUGUAAAGCCUUUGUCAGGGGGGAGUGCAGGCUUCAGCAGUGCAAACGGUCCCACCAGCUUAUCCACGCCAAUGCCCUGCAGAUGAUUGAGGACCAGGGCCUGAACCUGCCAAGUGUCGUCAACUUCCAGAUUGUCGCCACGUACAAGCACAUGAAGCUGCACAAUAUGUUUGAGAAUCCAGACGGUUCAGCUGCUGUAGCUGCUGCUGCCGAGCGUACCCAGGGCCCCGAGAAACGAGGCGCACGCCCAGCUGGGGUUACAGAGGCCAGCCCUCCGUUCUCUGUCCCUGCAGCCAAGGAGCCAGGCCCAAGUAAACGCUAAGGGCAUUGGUGAAAAAGAAGACUCUUGUCGGGCUUGGAAGGUCUGAAAACGAGGCUUCUUUUCAGCUUUAAUUUGUAACCAUUCACUCAUUUAAUCAUUUAGUGCAGUCAGUCCUAAGAACCCCUCUUCACAGGCAGUUGUGAGAAUUAGAGAAGAUGGAAAAGAAGGUGUCCGAUCCAGGGUAUAAAAUGGAGGGUGGGUGGCCGCGGAUGAGCUGGACAUUGAGUGGGCAGAGAGGGGUGAGUCUGGAAGCAGACGGGGUUGGUCCAGGGCAAGCCCAGAAGACAGCAGCUUCCACCUGCAGCCCCUGUGUGCGUCCCCUGGCCGCGCUGGGGGCUCUUGACAGGGCAGGUUUCUGUGGACAGUGCUCUGUGAUCCCGCCAGCAUUUCUCUGCGCCCAGCUCCCAGUUUACACUGUGGUCACUGGGGGCACAGACACUUCGUAUUCUAUUCGUUUUUACUUCCUGCCGUUCCAUAAGUGCCUGCCUCCGUUAGUUCACACUCAUCGUACGUAAUCAUUGUUAGCCACGGAUGCAUUUAAUGAAGGUCAUAUCUCAUCGUCAAACUGUUCCCUUAUCUGGGGUAGUUAGAGUCUUUCUCACAGAUUUUGAAUAUCACUUUUCUGGAAGUCCCCAGGAGAUUGAAUUUCUGAAUUAUCCUUUUACUUACAGGUGCUAAGAUGACACUGUCUUUUAAUUUGCAUUUCUUUGAAUCUACAUGUGAGCAGUGUUUUUCUGUGUUUCUCAUUUCUGAAUGUCUUUAUUUUGUGCAUUUCUGACAUGUCCGUUUACUCCCGGGGCCCUUCAUUGUGCUGGUGUAAAAAAAAAAAAAAAAAAAUUUUGUGUGAGGUGGUCCUUAAUUAGGCUCUUUAUUUUCCUACAAGACUGUGCAACCAUUCUCUGCUCCUUGAUAUCCAACUUUGGUGGCUCCAUCCUCAGCCAGCACGACAGAACAUAUGGACCCUGGGCUCUCACCAAACAGUACUACCUCAGUCUGUCUGCUUUCCAUCUCCUGGGGAAUGUUCACCAAAGCCUGCCUGCUGUAGCUUGUAUUCGUGUGGUCCAUCCAUUCCUCUUUCCAUGGAUCAGGAUGGACUACCGGAAACCUACCUACCUGAAACCCCUUGCCGUCAGGUACAUUCCAGCUCAUAGCGGCCCUACAGGACAGAGAAGUGUUUCCAAGGCUUUGAAUCUUUACAAGGCAGACUGCCACAUCUUUUUCCCGUGGAGCAGCUGGUGGAUUCGAACCGCUGAUCUUUCUUUUAGCAGCCGAGCACUUAACCAGUGUGUCACCAGGACUCCUUAGAGUCAUGCAUACUCACCCAUGUCAUUGUGACAUCCCCCUUCCUCCCUCUUCUCCUCCCCACCCACCCAGAGGCCUUCAUGGGGUACAUGUAGAUGUUUUAUCCUUUGUUUUCAUAAAGGUUCCCUCAAAAAAGCGGCUUUCUGAAAUCCUUUGCUGUGUUUGCAGUAAUAAUACUCACCAACGUCAGUGUGUAAAGUAUUUAAAAAAAUAAUAAUUUUAACCAUCCUUCAAUCAUAAUGUCUGAGACCUAGGGACAGUGUAGUGAGUUUUUCAUAAAGCUGAAUUUAUUUAAUUCAGAACAGUUUUUACUGUGAAAGGCAAUCUUUUCUAUGGGGAGGGGUGUACAGUUUUUUUUAAAGUGAGAACUUGCUGUGUUUUCCCCUGCCCGUGCAGGAGUGGCCCAGCUUCUGUUGACCUCUUCGCUUUGGCCGUCCACCACAGUGCUCCUGAGCCUUCCUGUUCUGCGGAUUUUGUUUCUUUUUUCCUAGUCCUGAUUUCACCUUGGUGCUCAUUUUUGUAAAAAUUAUUUUUACAUUCUAUUAUUAUUAUCUACAUUUUAUCGUUUUUCCACUUGUAGGAACCAAAAAACCAAACCCAUUGCUGUCCAGUGGGUUCCGACUCAUGGCGACCCUGUAGGACAGAGUAGAACUGCCACGUAGGAUGUCCAAGGGUGUAAACCUUUACAGGAGCAGACUGCCACAUCUUUCUCCCACAGAGCGACUGGUGGGUUCCAACCACCAACCUUUCUGUGAGCAGCUGAGUGCUUAACCACUGCACCACCAGGUCUCCUUCCCAUUUUCGUUGUAAGCCAUCUUAAAUCCUUAAUGGGAACAGUGUAGGGUAUUAAUGCAUAUCCCCUCAACAUCGGGAGAGUUGGUGAACUUUUACAUUAUUGUGUUCUUUUUAUAUAUCUUAUAAUUCUGCUUUGAUAUAUGAAGUUAUUAGCCCUUUGUAAUAUUUGUGGCAAUAUUUUAUUCAGUUCUAUAAUACUGUAGCCCCCAACUUACAACAGGGUUUUUUGCCAACAACUCUGUCAUAGGUUGGUUCUGAUGUAAGUCAAACACCUCAUUUUUUUUUUCCUCGUUAUUAUUGCCUUUUAUUAUCAUUAUCUUUGUAAAUCUGAUCUUUAUUUGUCUUUGGAGGUUGGCAUGAGAAUGAUAACAUCAGCAAAUUAUAUGCUACAACAUUGUAUGUAGUUCAUAUUACCAGUGAUAAGAUGUGCCAAAAAAAAGGACGGUCGUAAGUGUGGUUCGUUGCAACUCAAAUACAUUGUAAGUCGGGGACUACCUGUGUUCUGUUUUAACGUUAGUUCUGUUGGUAUUCACGCUGUUAAAAUGUUUUAUAUAAUAGAAACUGUCUAUCUUUCUCUUCCUUCUGAUGACUCAGUUCUUAGAGGGCUAUCUAUCAUCACUCUAGAGUUGGAGAUAAGCUGUCUUUAAUUCUUUGCGAAUUUAUUGGGGCUCAUGGUGGAACUGCAUAUCUUGGGCUCCCGCAUGUGCUAAAUUGAGUUCCUGACUCCCUGCAGCCUCAUUCCUCCGUCUGCUUCCUUAGUUUUGAGUGUCACCACCAUCCACCUAAUGACUCAAGCCAAAAAACUGAAAAUCGUCUUAUUCUCUUCCUCCUCUUCAUCCCCUAUAUCAAAUUGGUUACCCAGGGUUGGAGAUUUUUUCCCCGUCAAGCUGAUUCCAACUCAUAGCAGCCCUAUAGGACAGAGUAGAACUGCCCCAUCGGGUUUCCAAGGAGUGACCGGUGGAUUCGAGCCGCCGACCUUUUGGUUAGCAGCUGUAGCUCUUAACCACUGCACCACCAAGCUUCGUAAAUAUCUCUUGCCAUAUAACGAAUUGAACUCUGUCUUUGAAUCUUUUUGAACCAGUGUCAUACUGGUCGUCCUUGUUCUUGUACUUUUUUUUUUUUUAAUAUUCAAAAAAAUCAUUUUUUCCCCAAGGAACUUGUUUUAAUGCAAAUUGCACUAGAUCCAUAAAUUAGCUCCUUAACACUUGUCACGUCCGUGAUGCUAAUCUUUCCUGUUGAGGAAUUAGGUCUGUUCAUCUCUGACGUGUUUCUUCAUUUCUUUCAGUGUAAUUUGUUCCCGUUUUUGUCUGGGUCUUCUAUAUCCCUUAUUGUAUUUAGUCUUUCUUGGGUAUUUUUAUACAUAUAUUGCUACUUAGUAUGGGAAUCUCUAUUAGUAGAAUGCUAUUAAUUUUUAAAAUGUUUAUCUUUUGCUAAAUUGUCUUUGUACUAACAGUUUUAGAUGGCCUAUUCUAAAUAAAAAAUCACAGCUGCAGAAAAUUUGUAUUUUCUAAUGUAUUUCUUGUUUUUAUGUUAAAUAAAAUUGUGAUUAAAAAGGUAGCUGUUGAUAUAUCUUCAUUAAAUAUGAAGUUAAUUGUUGGUUUUAAACAAAUAUUUUUUAAUAUAAUAAGGGUGAUAACAUCUAUUCUUGUUUGCUAGAAACUUUUAGUAGCAUUGGUAUCUUUCGAUAUAAUCAUAUAACUUUUAUUGCUUAAAUCACCUAAUAUGACUAUUUUAAUGGUUUUCAUUAUAUGAAAAACACUCUUAGAUUCCCUACU